AUGUCGGCAGAUCACCUCAUCAUUAAGUUACGCUACACCAAAAGCCAGCGCGAAAUGAUUGAAAAGGCCUUGAAUAAGGAAAUCAUUGUAGCUCGAGAAGAUGCCACUGGGGCCACUGGGGGCCAAAACAUCAAGAAUGAUAGACAACCCAAUGCACCUAACGAAUCACUCAUAAUCGAAAAAGUGCUAUCUCGAAUCCGCAGGAUUUUACGAAAUAGAGACUGUCAUGAAAAUUUUGAUAAAUUCAGAGAAUGUAUCUCCUUUCUCGAACGUGUAUUCGAGUGUAUUGCCACAGAAGAUGGAGCAGGAGGCUCUAGUGGUCAGCAACAAUGGUCCGCGAAAGACAAAGAUGGCAGGAAAGAGAUUGAAGAUUCAAAACUCAGAAUUGCGCAAUUGUUAGCGGAGAAUGAGAAAGUAAAGGCUACAAACAACGAAUUGAUCUGCGACGUUGAUAAGAAUAAGGCUGAGCUUUCAGAACUGAGAGAGGAGGUGGGACGAGCCAGAGAUAAUGAGAGUAAGCUGGAGGAGAUCACCAACAGUUUAGAGACUUCACGCAACUCCACAGAUAAAGCUCUCAAUGUCUUGACCUCUCUCAAGAAGAAAGACAAUACAUACCGAGAGCGUGUUGUUGCAUUGAAGAACGAACUGAAGGCAUGCAAAAGAGAGAGAGACGAGGCUCUAGAGAAUUUGGACCAUCAAACCGAGAGCUUCGAGAACGAACAUAAGACCUUGAUUGAUGAGAACACGAAGCUAAAGGCGACACUAACAGGCUUCAAGAGAAAAUUGAAUUGUGUAAUGGAGGAUGUGGAGGAUCCUAUUUCUCGUAAAAAGAGGUAG